GGGGUUCUCACCUUGUCCUGUGCCAAAAUCCUGGCACUGCUGGCACUGCUGGACAGGAGGACGCUCCUCCCCAAGCUGUGUAAGCGGCUGAGGAUUUUAGGGAGCAGAGCUUUGGAACAGUCAGACCCAGCAGUUACUGGUGCCAGUCUCCACUGCGGGGCACGACCUUGCUGUCUGGCUCUGUCACACGUGCCCACUGCCGCCCUCAAAGCCAGCGAGCCCCGAGGCUUCCUGAGCUGUUUGAAGGCUUUGGCACCUCGGUGUCACCGCAUUCCCCCUCUCGUGGAGGCUGCUGGUGGCUGCCUUGGGCUCCAGUCCCAACCUGCGACGACAGCAGCUGAGAGCCUCCAAGAAACCCUCCUGCAGUUUCUCGCUUGUCCUGGUUCCCUUAUCGCCUCAGCACACCCUUCCCCUUUGAGAUUGCUGCUCUUGCCUCCUGCCCUCCAGCAGGAAGGAGGUUUAGCUGCUCCUGUGCCCCAAGGGCGGCAGCAGCAGCAGCAGCAGCGAGGGGCUCUCGCUGGAAACACGGCCCGGAGAGCUGAGGGAGGGUGUUGCAAGAGGCCUGUCUUGGACACCUCUGCAGGGAGCAUCGACCCACAGGACUCGAAGCUCAGGAUUAAAAGGAAGGAGAAGGGAAAAGGAACCAUGUUCCAGGCUACGGGAGCCGCCAGCCCACCCCCAAGUCAUGAGGCCAAGGGCAGCUCAGGAGGCAGCACAGUGCAGCGCUCCAAGUCCUUCAGCCUGAAGGCGCAGGUGAAGGAGAUGUGCACCGCCUGCCAGAAAGCCGUGUACCCCAUGGAGCGGCUGGUGGCCGAUAAAUUCGUCUUCCACAACUCCUGCUUCUGCUGCAAGCACUGCCACACCAAGCUCAGCCUGGGCAGCUACGCCGCUCUCCAUGGGGAAUUCUACUGCAAGCCCCACUUCCAGCAGCUCUUCAAGAGUAAAGGCAACUACGACGAAGGCUUCGGGCGCAAGCAGCACAAGGAGCUGUGGGUGCACAAGGAGGUGGAGAGCGGCACCAAGUCGGCGUGAGAGGGCCCAGGCCCUGCUCCUGGAGCCCAGCAGAGCCGGGGCAGCUGAGCCGGGCGCGAACUGAGCUGAUGUAAAGCAGGACCUGGGCCAGGGCAGAGGGGGAGCCCCUCUCCGGAGGGUGCUCAGAGGGGUUCUGCAGGCUGUAAGGACAGGGCAGAGGUGAGCAGGGUGCAGCCCCCAGACCUGAAGCCCUCUCUCUGCAGGCUCCUCUCCCCUGUGAGAUCAGAGCAGAAGCAAUUUGCCCCCUCCCCACGGGACCCCCAGCCCUGUCGAUCCAUGAAAAGGAGACGAGCCGGGGGCUCGUGAAUCGCUGCGGAGCUCCCGGCUCCCCCACACCAACCCCGCAUCGCUGGGGCUCUGGGUGAGGAGGGUCCUUGGUUUAACAUCAGCUCAGUUCAGCUGCCAUGGUUCAGCCUCAAGGAUGUCGCCCCGCCACGGUUUCACGGUGUCUCUUUUUUGAUAUUUGCCUUCCACUGGUACGUUCUGCGCCGGAGCCUCGCGGCAGCUUGGCACGCGCUCCUUUAUUUUUGUAAUACAAGGUUUCCAAGCC